AUGUCGUAUCGACCUCAUUCCAACUCGCUUUCCGGCGCACCGCGUCGAGAGUACGCUUCGCACCAGCAAUUGUCGCACGCAUCAAACUCGUACGAUCAUCCUCACGCACACAUGGCGUCUCCGUAUCACGACGCAGCUACCCAUGCUCCUCAUGCACAGCACAGCUUUGCUCCACCUCGACUGCCUGCACCUCGCACUUUGCCACUCCACGCCAGCCACCAUGACCAUCGCGAACCAAAGGCUUCGCGGUCCGUACAGGCCGAGCCCUACCGUAUCUCAACGCACGACGGUCGACUGGAGGGUUACGGCGAACAUCAUCCUAUGCAUGGUGAUGGUCGCCGCUUCUCGGUAGACGUGGAUCCACGCGCACGCCAGCUGGGCCACUCGGACGAACCGACGAUGCGUUUCGCACAGCCACAGCCAUCUUUCGCCUACUCUCGUGCUUCUGAAGAGGCCUCUAUGGACAUGCGAAGGAUGUCAUUCGGGCGCGACCCGACUGGACCAGCCGAAGCGAGAAAUCGCUCCCACGAUGCGGACCGCUCCCACGGCGAAGCCGACUUGCCUGCUCAUCAGCGUCUUGCUUACAGUCAUGCGACCUCGUCUCGCGAAGCUGCGUUCCCCUCGUCGGCUGCUUCAUAUCCCGAUACUCGGUCGGAACACUUCCAAAUCCAGCACAAUCACGCUCGCCUUCAUCCGGGAAUCCAGCAGCAGGCCCGACGACCCAGCGUGCAUACAUUCAUCUCGCAACCGUCCGAUGCUGAAUACCGACGUUCAGAGCCAUCGAGUGCUGCACUGCCACCUCCAUUCCAACCAGCUAGGAAACGUUCUCUGGUCUUCGAGCAGCAACCUGAGUUGGAAGCGCAGUCGCACUCGGCGCAAUCUCGUCCCUACCCCUCUUCUGCUUCAGCGCCACAGCAUUCUCAUGAGUACCGCCCUCCUCAGCCUAGGCUCUCCGUUUCUGCUGUCUCCCCACUCCCGGCCAGCAAAGGUCACGAGCGACCCAUCAACCAACACGACGCUUCCUCUCAGCCAGCUGUGCGACAGCCUCUCCCAUCUCUGGACACCGGCAAUCCCCCGCAUGCUCGGCCUUCCGUCAUCGCCGACACAGUCGAAUUCUCUGCCCACACAGCAGACCUCUCGACAUCCUCACAGCAUCCUUUUCAGCCAAAUCGCAAACGCUUGAGAAUCUCUCGUGCCUGCGAUGAAUGCCGUCGCCGGAAGACUCGCUGCGACAUUGUCGGUGCCUUCCCCGGCGAGCCCGGUCAUCCGCUUACCAUCUCCGGUGCAGUGCCUCCUUUGGAGCCCAACAUGGAGCCCAAAGGUGAGAUGCUCAUCUUGCAGCCUUGCAUCAACUGCCUUCGCAGCGAAGUCACCUGCUCCUACAGCAAGCGCCCCCUCAAGCGGGGUCCCAGCAAAGGCUACAUCAAGGAUCUUGAGAGACGUCUCAAUUCGCUCGAGUCGCAGUUUGUGUCCGGCGAACGAGCAGAUGCCGAGACCGAGGAACACCCGCAAGACUUUGCCUUCGCACCUGUAGCCAGCACUUCGACUGCCAAGCCCAAGAUCCGCACAGAGGACCGCAUCAGUCGGCUGGAGAGCGUCUUCGCACGCCCUUCGACCGGAAAGAGCGAAGAGGGCCGUUCCGCUUCUGACGAGCCGAGCCGACGAAACAGCGAAGUGGACAAGGCACAGAUCAAGGUAGAGGCACCAGGCGGUACCGAUCUCCUCGCAAGCAUUCCGGAAAGUUUCGCUACCUCACUUGUGCCCGAUACAAUGGACAGCGAUAUAGCGACUUUGGCAUCAGCCUUGUCGUCCGACGCGGGAGCGGUCAGCGCGACCGAGACCGCUCCAUCGUCCGUGACGUCCAAGUCUAUGCCCUCGCCGGACUCUGCUCGCGUGGAAUCCGAGCCAAUCGUCUCCAAGACCAAGGGCAAGGGCAAGGCAAAGCGACGAGCUGCAGCGAACUCGCCUUUGCGAACACCGGACGACGACUCUGCCGAAGUCAAGGACAAGAUCGUCUCUUCCUGCCUGCAUGCUACUUUCCCUAUCGUGCCCGCUCGAUCUGAGAGCGAGAGCAGCAGAAACGGCAGCAGCACUGCCAGCAUCGCUCGACUGGAGGACAAAGUGCUUGCUAGGGGUCUCAGGCUGCUCACUGAGCCCGUCGAGAUGGUGCCGAUGCAGCAAGACGCGCAGACGCCCAAGACUAGGGCUCACGCUGCGAGGGUGGCGAGCCUCAUUGGCCAGGCCUCUGCUGGGCUUGGCGGACCACGCGAUGAGCUCAUGCAGCAGGCACGUGCCGGCACCGACGACCUACGUGCCAUUCGCAAGGUAGCCCAUCGCCUUUCUGGACAGGAGGCUGACCUGCUGAUGCUCUGUCAUCUCGACCACCUUCGCAACGGACGCAACAACAACUCGGCCCUCGCCGCUGCGGUGUCCAAGCUGGGCUCGGGCUCACAUGUUCAGAACGACCGCGAGACGUACCGACGUCGGACGCUGCUGUUCAUGCUGGAUCGAUGGCAUGCGGUUGCCUUCGGAACGCCGCAUCUGCUGAUGGGUCGCUUUGGCAUGGAACGUCACAGCUUCCGCUCGAUGAAGGAGGCUCUGGGUGACGUGUCGCACUCCGCCCUCGGUGAUGCGGUUCACGAGGUGCUGCGUUGCGCCAUCAUGCUCGGCCAGCUCAACGAUCUGGUGCAGAACAACGCCGGAUGGAAGGGAAUCAGCAAGAGCGAUGUCGAUGCAGUCAUUCACAGUGCGAUGGAUGACGAUGAGCGUCCGAUCACGUUUGAUCCUGUAGACAACGUGGCGAGCGCGGAUGCGUCUUCGAGCAGCGCGCAGGCCGAGGACGCCUCUCCGAAACUGCUCAGCACGGAAGCGCUGAGGUACAGCCUCGAAUCGCUCGUCCGAUGCUACCACGCUCUGCACACGCUGCCCACGGCCAAGAACGCGACGAUGGACGACCUGCACCGCACCUUCAAUUUGGCGGAAGCAGUGCUCGUGCUGGGCACGGCAAAGACGCCCGUUUCGCUGCAGGGCAAGCUGAUUCGAUCCGCCAUUGGACCACACGUACUCGCCGUGGCCGGCGUCGCCUUCUCCUGGUGUCUGAGGAUCGUCUGCAUGAUGGUCGCCACAUCCCUCUCCUCGGAUCCCACCGUCACGGUCCAAACUCCUUCGACGGAGGGCAAGGAUCGCACCACCGUCCCCGUCACCCCCACCUCGUUCCCACUCGAAUUCUACCGCCGCAAGAUCCUCGACUACGUCCGAAUGUGCGGUCCCUUCUGCCUCUUCUCCGGCGGUCCCCCCACCUCACCCGCGAGCUUCGCACCGGUGUAUCUGAGGUUGGCACUGUACUUCAACUCCACGGUGUCGUUCGCCUCCCAGCUGGGAUCGCUCGUCUCGCCUCAAAGCAAAAGCAGCAGUCCGGUGCAUCAGGAUAAAGUGGCGUUGGGCAACGAGGCGGAUAACGUGCUGGAUAUGGCAAGAGAGAUGGGCUUCUUGGGAUACGUCUUGGCGGGUACGACACAAGGAGAUGCUUGGAGGUUGUUGACUGGCGGUAGCGCGUGA